CUGACAGCGCCGAGAGGGAGGCGGAGAAGAGGGAAGAAGCAGUAGAUUGUAUUCGGGGAGAAGAUGCGGAUUAUGGUGGACAGUAGGGCGGCAGGUUGUCCGUGUGACUGAACGAUGUCAGGACAGGCAACAGCACCGAGAGUCGCCGGGUGUCCAGCCUUCGCUUUCUGACACCCGGAGACAUUUAAAGAGAAGUAUUUUAUUUUGCUCAGUUUUUAAAUAUUUUAGUCAUUUAUAUUUUCAUCCUCGUUGAUCUGGUACUGGGAAUUUCCUUAUAUUUAAUAUGUAAUCUGAUAUUCACAAAUACAGGACUAUAUCACACAAAUAUGUUUUUGUUACGUGUGUCAGUUUUACCUGUUUUUAACAUUGAUCAGGGAGCGGGAGGUUAUGCAUAAAAACGGCAGUGGGGCGUAAAAGGUGGCAGCACAUUUCUAAAUUUAAACUUAAGGACCACAGGAGGAAAACAGCAACAUCGGGAAAAAAAUAACAGUCGGCUCUUUUUUUUGUACAAAAUAACGCAUAAUAAUAACGGUGUCGGUACUUGGAUAACAGCAUCUAAAAUUUACGCCGGACCUAUAAACAGCAAUGCUGCAAUAAUUAUUACAGGCACCAGAAAGCACGGAAAAGGAAGAACAAGUUCGGGUUAGGAAUAAGGAGAAGGGCUAAAAUAAGAGUAACACUUUACAUUGGAAACGUCUUAAGAUGGAGGCACCCUGGCUUCUAUGGAUGAUGCUUUGGACACUGUUCGGUAAUGCGAGCCCCGACUCCGGGCGCGACGUGCCGGAGCCGCUGGCCAUUCGCGUCCCUCUGCGACAGGGCCUCCCGUCUGAAGCGCAGCCCGCGGCCAAGCAGCGGGCCCCGUGUGCGAGCAGGCGGCGCAGGGGCGCCGAGGGCAUCAGCUUCGUGGACAUGAUCGACAACCUCCGGGGCAAAUCUGGACAAGGUUACUACGUGGAGAUGGCAGUGGGGACUCCGCCGCAAAAGCUGAACAUCCUGGUGGACACAGGCAGCAGUAAUUUUGCUGUUGGAGCAGCAGCUCAUCCUUUCCUUCGCAGAUACUACCACCGCUCUCUAUCAAGUUCGUAUAGGGACCUUGGCCACAGUGUGUAUGUGCCAUACACGCAGGGCCGCUGGGAAGGGGAGCUGGGCACCGACGUGGUGUCUGUGCCCCACGGACCCAACGUUUCCCUGCGGGCUAACAUCGCUGCCAUCACACAGUCCGACCACUUCUUCAUCAACGGCUCCAACUGGGAGGGCAUCCUUGGGCUGGCCUACGCUGAGAUUGCACGACCCGACGAGACGCUGGAGCCCUUCUUCGACUCGCUGGUGCGGCAGACCACAGUUCCAAACCUCUUCUCCCUCCAGCUGUGUGGCACCGGGUACAGCCAGAAUUACAGCCUGGACAGCGCUACUGUGGGGGGCAGCAUGAUCAUUGGGGGGGUAGACCCCUCCCUGUACGUGGGCGAUCUGUGGUACACGCCGAUACGCCGUGAGUGGUAUUAUGAGGUCAUCAUCGUGCGCAUCGAGGUGAAUGGGCAGGAUCUCAACAUGGACUGCAAGGAGUACAACUAUGACAAGAGCAUCGUGGAUAGUGGCACCACCAACCUCCGCCUCCCCCGCAAGGUUUUCCAGGCCGCCGUCAAGGCCAUCGAGGCGGCCUCCUCGACCGAGCAGUUCCCAUCAGGCUUCUGGCUGGGAGAGCAGCUGGUGUGCUGGCAGACAGGCACCACUCCCUGGCACAUCUUCCCGGUCAUCUCCCUCUACCUGAUGAGCGAGAACCGCAACCAGUCCUUCCGCAUCUCCAUCCUGCCGCAGCAAUACCUCCGGCCCGUCGAGGACGUGGCGUCGGCACAGGAAGAUUGUUACAAGUUUGCCGUGUCCCAGUCAAGCACCGGGACCGUCAUGGGCGCCGUGAUCAUGGAGGGCUUCUACGUGGUGUUCGACCGCCAGAGGAAGCGCAUCGGAUUCGCCGUCAGCACCUGCCAUGUUCACGAUGAAUUCCGGACAGCUUCGGUGGAGGGCCCAUUCCACAGCAUGGACCUGGAGGACUGCGGCUACAACAUACCUCAGACAGACGAGUCUACUCUGAUGACCAUCGCCUACAUCAUGGCUGGCAUAUGUGCUCUCUUCAUGCUGCCUCUGUGCCUCAUUGUCUGCCAAUGGCGCUUCACCCGCUGCCUCCGUCUGGGUGGGGGCGAUUUCGCCGACGACAUCUCUCUCCUUAAAUGAGGAGGGGUAAGGGGGUGAGGGGGUGGGACAGGGGGUGAGUGGUGUCACGGGAAACGAGGCAGGCCAGCACACUGGAAAUAGAUGUUGUUUUGUACUGUUCUGGUGUGCGUAUCGUCCAGUGGUGCGGGUCAACAUAAGGAGGCACCAGACGCAUCAGAACUUAAGAACAAGCCAAGAGAGUAGAAGACUACAUCUCCCUAUUUCACUACACGGGGAGGAGAAACUUCACUUUCCACUCCAGUUCAGAAAUGCAGGCGGUGGACUGCCUCACUGACCCGCGUUUUGGGGGAAGCGGUUUUGGCUGGGAUUUGGGUAGAGCUACUAUGAGCGUUUGUGCCCGCUUUUGCACAUGGGUAAUGCUGCCUUGUAUCUACGACAGAGAGAUGGACUUUGGGGAAUAUCAAUAUUUUGUUUGAUUUUCACAUCAGCAGUGCCAGUACUCCCUCAGCAGUGUCCCCCUGAAAUAGAACAGAAAUGCUAGCCGUACAACAUUUUCUUACAUAGACAUAUGCAAGAACAUAUGUUUAAAGGGAAGAAUAUCAACUAUACUGAAUUCUUAAGUUGAUGUGAUUUGGCACAUAUCUAGGUCUUUUCAAGGGUUAUUAAUUCAAACUUUUAAGAUGUACAGUCUUUAUAUGCAACUGCACACCCCAACUGUUCAGUCCCCUCUUCAGUUAUAGAUAUGAAUAGUGUUGUGAUUAUAGCAAAUAACAUGUAUAAAUGUACACAAAAAGAACGAUGCAUAGAGAAGUACAUCUAAAUGAAGUCUAAUGAAGCCUGCAAGUUCAUCUGGUCUGUUUGAUUUGCUGUAAAUAAUUUGCCCUGGAUCUCACUCAGGUGAACCUGACUGUACUGACAUUCAAUAAAGUACAUAAUAUAAUCGUC